AUAAGCAAAUGGGUGUUAAAGGUGAAGGUCUAGUAAGAGUUCCAGCUUCUUCUUCUUCUUCUUCUUCAAGCGCCUGGUUUGCUUCCAACCCGAGCAAGAGAUGGGGAGAGAUGUUUUUCCUUUUAUACACUCCUUUCUGGCUCACUCUUUGCCUUGGGAUCGUUGUCCCCUACAGAUUAUACGAGAACUUCUCUGAACUAGAGUACUUGCUUUUGGGGCUGAUUUCUGCAGUUCCAUCCUUUUUGAUUCCAAUUUUUGUUGUCGGGAAGGCUGAUAGAAGCUUGUGUUGGAAGGAUCGUUAUUGGGUAAAGGCCAGUCUUUGGAUCAUAAUCUUCAGUUAUGUUGGGAACUACUUUUGGACUCAUUACUUCUUCACAGUUUUGGGAGCUUCAUACACCUUUCCCUCGUGGAGGAUGAACAAUGUACCACAUACAACGUUCCUUCUCACUCAUGUUUGCUUCCUAUUUUACCACGUUGCGUCAAAUAUGACACUCCGGAGAUUGCAACAUUCUAUUGCUGACUUACCAGGGUCAAUGCAGUUGUUUUUUAAGGCUGCAUGGAUCUUAGCUUUUUCAUACUUCUUAGCGUACCUGGAGACUUUAGCUAUAUCAAAUUUCCCUUAUUAUUCAUUCGUGGACCAGGCAUCAAUGUACAAAGUUGGAUCCUUGUUCUAUGCAAUUUAUUUUAUUGUAAGCUUCCCAAUGUUCCUGAGGAUUGAUGAGAAACCUGGUGAUUUGUGGGACCUUCCUAGAGUGGCUAUUGAUGCAUUGGGUGCUGCAAUGCUUGUUACUAUAAUACUUGAUUUAUGGAGGAUCUUUCUAGGACCCAUUAUUCCAGUUCCAGAGACAAAGCAGUGCAUGCAACCAGGACUGGCUUGGUUUUCUUGACUUGCUACAGAUGCAUGAGCGCUCACAUUGGCAAGACGGAGUGAUUGUUUCGAGUCCCAAACUGCUGGAGAUGCAAGAGUUUGGAGGUAACUGAGGCUGAGGCUGUAAGUGUAUUGGCAAUUGUACUGAAUAAGCUCUCAUUCUAAUGUUCACCACUUCAUCACAUAAAGCACAAAUGCUUAAUCUGAGUAGCUAUUUGGUAUAAUGCCAUGGUUGCAUUAUAAACUACUGGUGACUUGGUGGAAUGGUGAUGGAUAUGUUAAUGUUUUCUUUAUAUUGGAUCAUCAUCAUCAUCAUUUUAAUGAAGUUUUCCAUGCUUU